AUGUCUCCAAAAGUAAGAUGCGCUCUCGAUGACCUGCGCGCGUCCAGGGAUGCCGUGAUGCUCAGCAGGUUUUCACCAACUCUCCCCAACACGCGCAAAGAAGUUGGCGGCACUUCAGGAGACUCCGGUGACCAUCAAAAACUACAGACUGUCGCUGGAGGGGAGGUGUCCUCCGACAGGCGACACGAGCAGCCUGGGCAGCGGGGCAGACGCAGAAUGAAGGCGAACGACAGAGAGCGCCACAGGAUGCACAACCUGAACUCCGCGCUGGACGUGCUCCGGAGCAUCCUGCCAGCGCUGCCCGAAGACGCGAAGCUGACCAAGAUAGAAACUCUGCGCUUCGCCCGCAACUACAUCUGGGCUCUGAGCGAGACUCUGCGCAUGGCCGACCAACACGGACACGCGCAGGACUUCCUGCCCUUGGGAUCUGAUCUGAGCAGCCCUGCCAGCGUCUCAUCAGCCGGGUGGGACUCAGCUUCAUCUGCAGAGUGUGGCUACGGGACAUUUGACGAUUUUGGCUCAGGAAACUCUUCCACGUCUGUUGAUGAGAUGAGCUGUAAGAUCUUCAACAGAGAUGAAUCCACUGCCACUAUCCCCGUCACCUUUUAUUUCACGUCACUACGUGGAGAACAUAGAAAUGCUUGGCACUAUUGACUUUUCGAGAGGUACAAACAUUUAGUUUGACUCCACCAUAGCAAAAAAAAAGCCACAUUGAAAAAGUUGCACUUGUGAUGUCACACUCGCCAGUCACUGCACACCCACAGUGACGUCACCAAUUAAGACAUUAAAUAGGCUCGCGCCCAUAGAGGAGCAUUAGAGCAUUUAUUCUUUGAAAGCACUUAGACCGAGGUUGAAAAGAAGCUGCUGAAAAUCUAAUUUUCAGAAGAACUUUUCAAAGUCUCAACUAUAAUUCAAGGCAACUUCUUUGUGUUACAAAGUACUUUAAUGACCACGUUGCACCCCUGUUAACCCACAGUCAAUCACAAUCACAGACACCACAAUCAACAAUCUAUGAACAAAAUUGGUUUAAAAUAUUUAUUUGACAAUGAUAUUCAAAAGUGUUUUGGAGCAAUUUCAUUGUAUAAAACUAUGUAUUUAUUUAAUAAAAACUGUAGAAAACAUGGAGCUUUUUUUCCAGGGAUAAUAAUGACUCUGGUUUUGUUUCAGUGGUUCAAAAAAAACAAAAACAAAAUGAACAAAGACCAA